CAAGUAUAAAAAACACCUGGUAACGAUGCAAGUGCACUUAACUGUUCCUGGCUGAAGUCCUUCAAAAUGGGUAACUGGAUUAUUAACCAUGGGCUGACGUACUUCAUACUGGUGGUCUGGAUGGCCAUCAACACAUUCCUGUUUGUUUGGUUCUACUUCUUGUACGAUUUGGGGGAUCGGUUUAUCUACACGAGACACAUUUUAGGGUCCGCGCUGUCGUGGGCGAGAGCUCCUGCAGCGGUCCUCAACUUCAACUGCAUGCUGAUUCUCCUGCCUGUGUGUCGGAACCUGCUGUCUCUCAUCCGGGGCUCCUUUAUGUGCUGUGGACGAACUAUAAGGAAACAAUUGGACAAAAACAUCAGUUUCCACAAGCUUGUGGCCUACAUGAUAGCCCUGAUGACAGCUGUUCACAUUAUUGCCCAUUUGGUGAACGCGGAGCGGUACUACAACAGUAGACAUGGGGAUUAUGACGAGCUCAGCACGGCCCUGUCUAAUCUGGGCGACACAGCCAACACCACUUACCUCAACCCAAUCCGCUCGUUAUCCACUACUCCGAUUCUCCUGGUGUUCACAUCCAUCGCUGGGCUCACAGGCGUGGUCAUCACGUUGGCCCUCAUCCUCAUGAUCACCUCAUCCAUGGAGGUCAUCAGGCGCAGCUACUUUGAGGUCUUCUGGUUCACCCACCACCUCUUCAUUGUGUUCUUUGCUGGACUGGUGUUCCAUGGUGCCGGGCGAAUCGUGCGGGGUCAGACAGCCACCGACCCACCCCAUGAUCCUAAGCAUUGUGAUGAUGAAGUAGACGAGUGGGGGAUGGAGGAAAAUUGUCCCAUUCCCCAGUUUGCUGGAGGGUUUCCACAGACCUGGAUGUGGGUCAUUGGUCCCAUGGUCCUCUAUGUGUGCGAGCGCUUGUUACGCUUCGUCCGCUACUUGCAGAGCGUCCAAUACAGAAAGAUUGUGAUACGGCCAUCCAAAGUGCUGGAAUUGCAGCUGAUGAAGAAUGGUUUCAAGAUGGAUGUGGGCCAAUAUGUCUUCCUGAAUUGUCCAUCCAUCUCCCAGCUGGAGUGGCACCCCUUCACCAUGACCUCUGCGCCCGAAGAGGACUUCUUCAGUGUGCACAUCCGCUCCGCAGGGGACUGGACCCAGAAACUCAUCAGCGUCGUUGAGCAGCUUCCCGCGGGAGCUCAGGGACCCAAAAUGAGCGUGGACGGUCCGUUCGGCACAGCCAGUGAGGAUGUGUUUGACUACGAAGUGGCCAUGCUUGUUGGUGCUGGUAUUGGAGUCACUCCCUUUGCCUCUGUCCUCAAGUCCAUCUGGUACAAAUCCAAAGAGUCCAACCCCAAGCUGAGCACCAGAAAGAUCUACUUCUACUGGCUGUGCAGAGAGACCCACGCCUUCGAAUGGUUUGCAGACCUGCUGCAGGUGCUGGAACGGGAGAUGGAGGAGAGGGGCAUGGGCGACUUCCUCACCUACAAACUCUUCCUCACUGGAUGGGACCAAAGCCAAGCAACACAUGUGAUGGUUCAUGCUGAUAAGGACACAGACGUCAUCACCGGUCUGAAGCAGAAGACUAACUACGGCCGACCCAACUGGGACAAGGAAUUCGAACAAGUGCGAGCAGAGAAUCCAACGUCAGUGGUGGGCACAUUCCUGUGUGGCCCGGCCGCCUUAGCCUCCGUCUUGGCAAAGAAAUGUGUCAAGUACACUGACGUGGAUCCCAGAAAGACCAAAUUCUACUUCAACCAGGAGAACUUCUGAGCAAUAUAACACCGUAUUUGCACUCUCUGCAGGACAAGCUGGUUCUUUUCACUUCCUGAAGGUUUGCGACAAAUAUGUUUUAGACAAUUCUUCUGAAGACAAUAGACAAUGACAGAUUCUCAUGUGCUGUCACGGAGCUGGCUGCCACAGUGACAUUUGUUGGUUGUCUGUCAGCUAUUGAAUACUCUUUGUUAAAUCCUACCGUCACAGAGUAUUGACACUCCCUGUCCACAGAAAAAACAAAACCUGUACUUCAGUUUGUACCACUCAGGGAUUGGCUGGGUCCUUUGUUUUGAUCCAUUAACCACAAUGUUAUUAAUCACAGAUGUUUGUACAGAAGUACAUUUUAUGAUUACUGUAAAUUACUGUGUUACAUACAGUGUCCUCCAGAGUUGUAAGACUGCUUGGUAAAGAAUGUUUUUCAUCUUGAUCUUACACUCAUCUGAGCAUUUGAGGUGAAAUUGUUCAAUGAAAACUAUUCUUAAGCAUUGUUUUCUUACAUAUCUGGACCAUUGAUUGGCAUCCUCCAUUUAAUACUUUGUGUAACCUGCUUUACCCAAGAUAAGUCUUCCAUGUUUGUUGGUGAUGCUGAAUACAGGAAGGGAUCUGAGAACUUUCAUUCAUACAAACUCUGGAACCUUCCUUGCUUGUGGACUCUCCUCUUCAGCUCACCCCACAGGUUUGUCAAGUGACUGGAACGGUCAGUGAAACGUUCGUGUGGAUCUGGAGGAAUUCUUUUGAUCACUGUUGAUUUAUCCAAGUAGGGGCAGCCAGAGCUUGCUUUAAAAUCUCUUGGUUCUUGAUGAAGCCAAGUAUCCAGGUUCCCAGGGCCUAUUGGAAGCAAAAGAAUAAAGAACAGCUCCACAACAUAUCUACCAUACUUCACAUUGGACUGCAGGUUUAUAUCUGCAUGACCAUUUAGCCAAAAAGCUUUAUUUGUCUGAUUAAAUAAAAUGUAUUUUCCUCA